AUGAAUCGUGUAGAAGAUACGGCUCUUCUUCAGGCGCCAUUUCAUAUCGCUAAAGAAGGGUUUGAAGGUAUUAUUGAAGUUUGGAAUGAUGCUACGAUUGAAGUUCGGAACAUCUUGAAUAAUGAGUGUGAAAUUUUGCUUCAGUGCAGGUAUUGCCGAAAUGUUUUUCGUAGUCUGAUUAACUUUAUAUCUCAUAAACGCGGUUUCUGUCGUACACUUCAUACAAUUCAGAAUAUUGCAAGUUUAAGCAGAAACUCAAAAAAAGACGAAAAAACCGCUGCCGAAAAGGCUAAACUUUUUACUGGAGAUGAGGUCAACAGCCAUAAGACGGCGAAAAAGACAAAGGGCUUGCUGAAACGUCUAAAUAUAGUUGGGGUCUUGAACAAAAGAAUUGGACACUCUGAAAUUGAAGAUUCUCAGUUGAAGUAUGAUUUACUGACCUUACCAAGGAUUGGGAAAGCGGUCCCAAUGACGACGUUCAAUAAUGGAGUUCAGGUUCUGAAAACUAUGCCGAAACAGAUUGUUACACAAAGGCAGGAGAAACCUGGUUGCACGGCCUUAGUGAUACCUCAAGACCACUGUGUGCAGUAUUUGGACAUGAAUCUGAGACGACGUGAAAACAACCAGAAAGAGAAUUGUGCAAGAGAAGUCACCGAUAAAGAGGUUGCUGUUAUGGAUAUAUUGGAAAGACUUAGGCCUAAUCUUGCUGACUUUGGCUCUUUAAAGUGCCUAAAUCAAAAGUGCGAGGGAACACAACCAUUUGCAUCGAUAUUUGUGCUGGCCUAUCAUAUUUCUGUAAAACAUAAUUGUAGAAAUGCUUUAUCUGGUUGUAUUCAUUGUUUUGUUUGUGGUUCUGAGUUCAGCAGUUAUUGCGAUAUGGUUGAACAUCUCCGGCAAGAACAUGAAGGUCAUCGUAAACACCAUCUUGAGGCUAGAAUACUAAUUGCUAUGGAAAAAGAACAAAAGAAGUUCAAGAAGUUGAAAAGUGUAGGACAGAUAUUUACUAAGAUUUCCAAUGCUAAUUUAACUAACAAUGGUUCCCUCUACUGUUUUGACGAUGGGGAGAAUGAGGUGACUGGCCAACAGUCUGUUAGUGAAAGAUCUCGAAGUUUGAGUCCUUGCGAAGAGGAUGACGUUGAUAAGACGAAGUAUCAGGACGUUGACUUUUGCCCAAAAAAUUUAUGGGCUAGCGACCGAAAACGGGUUGGAUUCCUUUUUAGCACUGGUGACGGAAAUUUGGAAAGGAGUGACGACGACGAAGUCACACUGCAAUCAGAUGAAAUUGAACGUUCUUUUGAAACUAAACAUGAUGAGGCCGUAACUGACUGUGUAUGUCGUCUGGUUAGUAUUCUAUGUGCUAAUGAAUCAAAGCCUUCAAAAAAAAGGGAAAGUGUAGCAGAUAAUGAAAGGGCAAAAAACGCUGACCUAAAAAGUCCAAAUGAUGCUAAUCUUGGGAAUCCCGUCCAAGUGUGUAAUACUGAUAGGAAAGAUCUUGUAUCUUCGGUGGUCGAUUUUGAAGAAAACUCAAAAAAAAUGAAUUCUUCGAACGUUGUUUCACGAGCAUCAUGUAGCGGUUUAGUCCAGCCACGUCAAACUAGUCCCCUUUGUAUAAAGCAACAAAGAAACAUUGCUUGCGAAGAAAGGCAAGAAGUAAAAAAGAACCGAGUAAUGGUGGAAAAUAAGAAAGACAAGCGCUUACAUUCAAAAGACACAACGGAUUUUGAACAAAAAAAAGUACGGAAGCCAAGAUGGAAGGUUGGCAGACGACCGUGUAAGCGGUUAAAAAGUGAAGCAGCAGAUCAAGGGAAAACCAGUGGCUCUGACGAGAAUAAGGAGCUAGCAGCCAACAGUAAAGAAAGUAUGGCAGAGCCAGAAAGUAUUUCUGGAACCUCGUAUUGUCAUCACAAGAAGAGGGUCUCAAAUCAGUCAGGACUCGGCGAGAGCGAAGCAGGCAUUGAUAGUCGAUUAAGGAGUAAGCGAAUUCGAUUAGACAGUCAAAAUGCGUCAACAUUUGAAUCUGUAAAAAACUUAAAGUCAUCAGAAGGACCUUCAGCCGGUCCAAACGAUACAUUGAAACGGAGAUACAAGAGAUUCUCUCAUCAGUGUCUUCCGAUUUCCUCGAUCGAUCUUGUUUUUGUUCCGAAGAGGAAAAGAGUUGCUAGCAAUGUUACCAGAAGAAUUAUUCAUAAUAAGGAAGCGGGAUCUAGUAACACUGAUCCGGUUUCUGAAGCUUUGAAAAAAAGUGGUGCGAACGUUCGGCGGCGUUAUUUAAGCCAAAGAAAAGAAGAGCCACCAAUACCAUCACCAAGUGGUGUUGGAAAAAAUGUGUCAUUUCUGGACCCUUCGACAAUCCCUGUUUAUAUGACUGAAGCGCAAAAUAAGGCAAUAUUUUCAUAUGUCAGGCCAGAUAAGUCAUCAGCUGAAAAACUUUAUCGGUGCAAGCACUGUAAUGAAACGUUCAAGUCAGAAAUGAUGCGGUAUUGCGAAAAACUUAGUCGGGCUCCCAAGGGGCUCGUUGCAGGAGGGAAGAAAGUUCCUUGUAUGACUUACAGUCAAAACCACUUCUCCUUUGUAUCUUUGCGCAUGCAAAAUCAAGCUACUUAUUCUUUACCCCUCGCUGAGUAUGGGGCAAAGCUUCCGGAUGACAAUAAGGCUGAUAGCCUCAUUCAAGUUGCAGUAUAUGAAAAACCUGGUCGAAUAGCGAUUACUCAUGGGAAGAUCAUUAGUACGGCCAGCUACAAACCGUACUAUCCCGAUGCAGCAAUAGAAAACGAAAUAUUAGAAAGCACGUCGUUAAAAUAUAUGACAGAAACAGUGCCGUGA